CCCAGGUACUUCCGCUAUGCUUUCCGCUUCAAGGGAGACAGAUACGCACAGGCAGUCUGUACAGGUUUUGGGGAAGAACAGGAUCCAGAGGAAAACGACGCUUUCAUCUCUCAGAAUAAACCAGCAGCAUUUUCAGCACCAAUGGAUUCACUAGCAUCUCCACAGCCAGUAAUGUGUGAAGUCUGUGGAACGUACUUCGAGACACGCCGGGGACUUUCCAGCCACGCCCGCCUCCAUCUGCGCAAGCUUGGCGUAACGGUGUCAGAAAGCAGUGGGGCUCCCAUAGAGCUCCUCUACCAGAUCACCCGGGAGAGAUAUGGCAGCCUUCCAGAUUUCAAAUCAGACUCAUUUUUACAUGUUUCAGUGCCUCAAAAAAUUACAUUACAGCAGGAGUCCAAGCCACCUCCAGAAGAAGAGGACACCAAUACCACUUAUAAGACGGGGGUUGGGCUCUUGACAACUUCACAAAUAGUGGAUCAUCAGGGAUCUGCAGCAAACCUGAAUGAGUCGUCAGCGUCUGUCCUCCCAUCAACUCCUCCUCCUGUUAAGCCAGCUGAAGGCAGCAGCUCAUCUUCCUCAGAGCGCACAGCCGCAGCAAAGCCACUGUGGGCACCACGGGAAACUGAUGCUCCUAUCACAUUAGCUUCAGAUCCCCGUGAUGAGGUGUACGUUUGCGAACUUUGUGGCUGCUGGUAUGAGACACGCAAAGGCCUGGCUAGUCACGCUCGGGCCCAUUUGCGCCAGAUUGGAAUCUCUGACAGUGACAUCAAGGGGAGUCCUAUUGAUCUUCUUUACCAGAUCAUGGAAGAGGAGGACCUCAAGCCUGUUGACUUUGAGAAAAAGGAAGAGCUCCCAUCCAAUAGUCCACCUAGAUCCUCGUCCAAACGCCCUUCUACUCAGUCACCUCCACCUGAGUCAUCCUCAAGCAAACGGCCUAAAAUAUCAGAGGAGUGCACGUGUAUUCUCUGCGGGGAGGAAUUUGAGAAUAGAAAAGGCCUGGCGAGCCAUGCGCGCUCUCACCUGCGUCACAUUGGAAUGAGUGAAUUAGUGGGGAAAAACUCUGCAAUUGAUGCCGUCCAGGAUCUGGUGAGCAGUGGUAUGUUAGAAGCCGUACACACCCCCAAAACAAACAAUACAGCCAGCUCAUCUGCAGCACCAUCUCCAGCCCCACCCUUUCCUGAAGUCCCAGCUCAGUCUUCCGGUCCAAGCCAAUCCUGGACCCCUUUUUCCUCCACACCCCUUUCAACAAGCCCUGAAAAGAUCUCUCAGUCUCCUCAGGCGCCUGUUAACAGGGCACCAAAAGCUAAGAAAGGUUUUCGGCUAGCGGUGGACCCCCUCCAUAGAAAACCUAAGCCUGAGCCUGUAGAGACUGAGGUGUCUGUUCAGCUGAAGGCAUCCACCAGUGAGAGCAGCUCCCCUGUGCAGAAUUUGGCUGCUGCUGUCAUUUCUGCAAAACCUUCUGAAUCCGCGUCCACAGAUGUGCCGUCCCCACCGACAGUCCUUUGUGAAUUCUGCGGCCAGCUGUUUGACACCCGCAAAGCCCUGUCUUGCCACGCUCGUGCCCAUCUCCGGCAACUUGGUCUCACUUGGUCAAUUAAAACAUCACCAAUUGAUCUUCUAAAAGAAGUGAUGAUGCACGGUGAAGAAGGCAGGAAAGAGCUAAGCGUCAGGGGGUCUACAGCAUCGGGCAAAGGCUCAUGGAGCUCUCAAGGCUCCAGAAGAUCCCUAGACAGCCUCACGUCUGGGGAAAGAGCUUCUAACUCGCCUCUUGAUUAUUCCAUGAAAGAGAAAUCUUCAUUUAGCAAGAGUGGAGUCAUACACCUUGAUACAUCCUGUGAGCUUUGUGGGUUUGACUUUGAAAACCGUAAGGCCCUGGCCAGUCACGCGAGGGCCCACCUCCGACAGCUGGGCAUCAUUGAAUGGAAGGCAGAUGGAGCGACUUCCCCAAUCGAACUCCUCAGUGAGUUGAUCAAGAGAGAUCCAGCCAAGGUGUCGGAAAUAACCAAGCGUUAUCGCAUGGGAGACCUUUACAUCAAGAAGUCCCAGAGAACUGCUCCUUCCCCAUCGCCGUCCACAGACUCUGACUCUGUGGUCGGCAGCAGUCUGAAGUCUUCCAUGCAGCAUCGUGAGCACAAAGCGAGCAGGAAGGAGUAUAGCAACUACAGUGUGCGCUCCUCAAGGGGGGUGCAUUUACAAAAACACGGGGCAUCUACAGGUAGGGAAAAUCAGAACAGGAACUCCCAGCAACCACCGCGGUCUGGCAAUAUCCCUGCUCUGCUGCCAAAGCCCCCACUAACUCCACUGGUCAAACUGGUGGGUAAAAUCUACUCCCUCAAGUGCAGAUUCUGUGAAGAAGUAUUUCAGGGACCUCUGUCUGUUCAGGAGCAGUGGAUCACACACCUGCAGAAACACAUUCUGUCGCUGGGCUGCAAAGACAAAACUUCUCCUCCCGCUACGCCCGUGACAACUCCAGCACUGGUCCACCCAGUAGCCGUCUAGAAAUGUAAAGGUUUAUUCAGUUUUUCUUCUCAGUCUUUCAACUGUCAAAGUCCAAGGAGUUGUGUUAUCCUAAUGUCUACUUGAAAUCAACUUGUCAGAAAAUGAGAUGUUCCUUACUUGUCCUGAAGAGGGCAAACAUGAGCCAUAUGAGAAACAGCACAAUAUAAUACACUCAGGUUAAAUCCAUUAGAUAUCAAAGAUCAAAGUAAUGAUCUCUGGAUAUUUGUUUUGUUUUUUAUUCUGGCUCCUACAUUCCUUCCAUUUGAACAGAUGUUAAAUGUAUUUGAAUGGUAUUCAGGCUUUGCCAUUAAGAAACAAGAGAGACUGACAUAAAUUUACAUAAUACAAUAGCCAUAAACUGCCGUGGUGGUCAUUUCAUUUUGAAAUACCUUCUCGCAUUUAUAUACCUUUUGAAUUGAGUUUUUUUUUUUUUUUUGUUGAUACAUUUCUGUUUCUGGUGUUUUUACUUUAAAUAUAUAAGAUUAAUGUAUUUUCAUGAGGUGAUUUCUGAUCACUGUUACAGCAAAGUUGGAUACCACUGUUGUAAGUUUUCCUGAGCAGAGUAACACAGUGUUUCCAUUCUUUUUAUUUACACGAUGCAAAACAAACAAAAUGUGCUGUUUUUCUGGAUGUUUUACAUUUCUUUUUUAACACCUGUAUAAAUUAAAUUA